GCUGCAGGCUGAAUCUGACCCCGCAGUCACUCCUGAAGACAGGAUAAGGAGUAAUAAUACCGUACUGUCUGCAUAAACUAGUCUUGAACCGUAUUUAGAGAAACAUUUGCCUUGAAUAAGCCUUAAUUUUCUUUAACUGAUAACAUUUGUACGACUCUGGAAUAAGAUACUGUCUCAAUGGAAAUAUUGUCCUGAUGAUUAUCCACUCAUGAGCGGCUGUCAGACUGUAACGGAGCCAGAUAGCCUGUUUUAAAAACGACAUUUUAAAAGUAUUUUUUUGCUGCUUUUUUCCGUUGCUGUGAGUAAUUGAACACAUGGUGCUGUGAUACACCCUGUCUUACUGAAACUGAAGGGAUAGAAGACCGACGACACACGGACAUACCGACCGCUCUGUGAUGGAUAAUGCUCACACUAAGACGGUGGAGGAGGUUUUGGGCUUCUUCGGCGUAAAUGAGUCUACAGGUCUGAGCUGUGAGCAGCUGAAGAAGAACAGGGAGAGAUGGGGACCCAACGAGUUGCCAGCUGAAGAAGGGAAGUCACUCUGGGAGCUGGUUCUGGAGCAGUUUGAGGAUCUGCUGGUUCGAAUCUUGCUGCUGGCUGCAUGCAUCUCCUUUACCCUGGCUUGGUUCGAAGAAGGAGAGGGUACAAUCACAGCCUUUGUUGAGCCCUUCGUCAUCCUCCUCAUCCUCAUCGCCAAUGCUAUUGUAGGAGUAUGGCAGGAGCGUAAUGCAGAGAACGCCAUUGAGGCUCUGAAGGAGUACGAACCAGAGAUGGGUAAGGUGUACAGACAGGACAAGAAGAGCGUCCAGAGAGUCAGAGCCCGAGACAUUGUUCCUGGAGACAUUGUGGAAGUCGCUGUUGGUGAUAAGGUCCCAGCGGACAUCAGGCUGACGUCCAUCCGUUCCACCACUCUGAGGGUGGACCAGUCCAUUCUGACGGGGGAGUCUGUGUCAGUGCUCAAACACACAGACCCUGUACCAGAUCCCCGAGCUGUCAACCAGGACAAGAAGAACAUGCUCUUCUCUGGUACCAACAUUGCAGCUGGGCGAGCCAUCGGGGUUGUCGUGGCAACAGGUGUGCAAACAGAGAUUGGGAAAAUCCGAGAUGAGAUGGCCUCCACCGACCCUGAAAGGACCCCACUACAGCAGAAACUAGACGAGUUUGGAGAACAGCUGUCUAAGGUGAUCAGUGUGAUCUGUGUGGCAGUGUGGGCCAUCAACGUGGGACACUUCAAUGACCCGGUCCAUGGAGGCAGCUGGCUGAGAGGAGCUGUUUACUACUUCAAGAUUGCUGUCGCACUGGCUGUAGCUGCCAUACCGGAAGGCCUCCCAGCAGUCAUAACUACCUGCCUGGCACUGGGCACCAGGAGGAUGGCCAGGAAGAACGCCAUCGUCCGCAGCCUGCCGUCAGUGGAGACGCUGGGUUGCACCUCUGUUAUCUGCUCGGACAAGACAGGAACACUGACCACCAACCAGAUGUCAGUCUGCAGGAUGUUUGUUGUAGAUAGUGUGUCGGGGGAGCGCUGCAGGCUGAGCGAGUUCACAGUGACUGGAUCUACUUACGCCCCUGAAGGGGAAGUUUAUAAGGAUGGCUCGGUGGUAAAGUGCAGCCAGUAUGAAGGCCUGGUGGAGAUGGCGUCCAUCUGUGCACUGUGCAAUGACUCAUCACUAGACUACAAUGAGGCAAAGGGAGUGUAUGAGAAAGUUGGGGAGGCCACAGAGACUGCCCUCUGCUGUCUGGUGGAGAAAAUAAACGUGUUCGACACCGACCUGAGAGGACUGAGCCCUGCUGAGAGAGCUACAGCCUGUUGCUCCGUGAUUAAGCAGCUGAUGAGGAAGGAGCUGACGCUGGAGUUCUCCAGAGACAGAAAGUCCAUGUCUGUCUUCUGCUCGUCCAAUAAACUCACCAGGUCUGCCUCUGGAGCCAAGAUGUUUGUAAAGGGAGCUCCAGAGAGUGUGUUGGAGCGCUGUAAUUACGUCCGGGUCAGUGGUUCUGCCCGCGUGCCUUUGAGCCCUGCAGUGCGAGAGCAGCUCCUGUCCACCGUGCGGGAGUGGGGUUCGGGCCGAGACACGCUCCGUUGUCUCGCCAUGGCGACCAGGGACACGCCCCCUGACAUUCACAGCCUUAGCCUGGAGAACUCAGCCACCUUUGCUAACUAUGAGUCGGACCUGACCUUCGUUGGCUGUGUGGGCAUGUUGGACCCCCCCAGAAAAGAAGUUCUUAGCGCGGUCCGAAUGUGCCGGCAGGCUGGCAUAAGAGUCAUCAUGAUUACAGGUGACAACAAAGGGACGGCCCUGUCUAUUUGCCGGAGGGUUGGCAUCAUCACGGAGCAGGAAGAGGAGCAGGAGGGUGCCGGCAUCAAUGGAGGCCUGACGGGAAGAGAGUUUGAUGAGCUGCCCCCACACCUUCAGCGUCAAGCCUGCAGGACGGUGCGCUGCUUCGCCCGGGUGGAACCAGCACACAAGAGUCGUAUAGUGGAGUACCUGCAGAGCCUGAGUGAAAUCACUGCCAUGACAGGUGACGGGGUGAAUGACGCGCCGGCGUUGAAGAAGGCAGAGAUCGGCAUUGCUAUGGGCAGCGGCACGGCAGUGGCAAAAUCCGCCUCUGAGAUGAUCCUGGCUGAUGACAACUUCUCCACUAUCGUGGCUGCAGUGGAGGAGGGCAGAGCCAUUUACAACAACAUGAAACAGUUCAUCAGAUACCUGAUAUCAUCCAACAUAGGAGAGGUGGUCUGUAUCUUCCUGACGGCCGCGCUCGGCAUGCCUGAAGCACUGAUCCCAGUCCAGCUGCUGUGGGUCAACCUGGUCACUGAUGGUUUCCCAGCAACAGCUCUGGGCUUCAACCCUCCAGACUUGGACAUCAUGUCCCGCCCUCCCCGCUCCCCCAAAGAGCCACUCAUCUCCGGCUGGCUGUUCUGUCGCUACCUCAUCAUUGGAUGUUAUGUUGGAGCAGCCACUGUCGGAGCUGCUGCCUGGUGGUUCAUGGCAGCCCACGAUGGACCAAAACUUUCCUUCUAUCAGCUGUCCCACUACCUGCAGUGCAGCGAAGGCCACGUUGAGUUCGCCGGCGUGCAGUGUUCAGUCUUUGAGUCUCCUUAUCCCAUGACCAUGGCCCUGUCUGUCCUGGUUACCAUAGAGAUGUGCAAUGCCUUAAACAGUCUUUCAGAGAACCAGUCCCUGCUGAAGAUGCCUCCGUGGUCAAACCCCUGGCUGGUGGGGGCCAUCUGUCUGUCCAUGGCUUUACACUUCCUCAUUCUGUAUGUAGACCCACUGCCGGUGGUGUUCCAGAUACGCCCUCUGUCGUGGCCUCAGUGGGUCGUGGUGCUGAAGAUGUCGAUUCCCGUCAUCUUGAUGGACGAGGCUCUCAAAUUUCUGGCACGCAACUACAUCGAGCCAGGAAGCCAGAUCCAGUCACUGGAGGAGGAGGAGGAGCUGCAGAGGACGGGGGCUAACGCAGGAUUGGUCGGAGCCAUGACGAGAAGGCUACGUCAGUCACUGAGGGGCGUGUCCUGGUCGUUCGUCCUGAUCUCCAUGCCGCUGGUGAUCUGGAUCUUCAGCCUGGACUCUGACAUCACCAACAUCUUUUGGGAGUGAUGGGAGAAAAGGAGGACGGGCCGCCUGUAGGGGAAGCACUGAAAGACGGGAAGAGGAAAGCUAAAGAGAAGUGGUGGAAUAAAGGUGGAGGAUUGGGGAAAGGAAUGUGUGAGGAUGAGGAAACAAGAUGAAGAGAAGAGAAACAAAGAUGAUGAAUACUUUGCAGAGAAAAGAGGAUAAAUAUUUAGCCAACAGACAAUCAGAAAAUAACAAGAAAUAUAGUGCAAGGUAGUUUUAGACCAUCUCUUCCUCAGUAAUUAAAGGUGCUAUGUGUACGUAGCUAAUCUAAGCUAGUCUCUCUUACUUACUUGUAUGAGCUUUCCCUUGUUUUUGGCUCUAAGGACACCAUUGUUGGUCCUGCACUUUGGUUCAGAGUGAAUUCAGAUACCUCUGAAGGUGUACUGCAAUGCUAACACAGCAUGCCUAAGUUACCAUUCGCAUGUUAGCAUGUUUUUCGUGUUGUAAAGCAAUUCAGCAUUUGAAUUUCCCUCCUAAUUUGACGUUACAGCUUUAAGACCUUAGUGUAAACGUGUAAGUCAGUUGCUAGGAAACAUCCGUAGCACUGUCCAAUCGAAUACAAUCAACAGGAAGUCAUUGUUGUCAGAAGCUGUAACAUAAUUCCCUAAAAUGACAGUUUUAGACAGCCAGACAAUAUGUGUUUGCCUGACAACCUUUUAGAAAUGUAGGGAUGGCUUUGCUUUGUUUGAAGGUUAGUAGUGUUCACAUAGGUUAUAGGUAACCAACCAUUUAGCGUGAGAUUAUCAGCAUUACAUUUUGUAAUUUGAGAUAUAUUGUGUUCUUUGUGAAAUGUAACUUAAAUCUAACGUCUUCUCAGUUAUUGUCUUCUAACAGUUUUUGUUAAGUGUAUAGUCAGAUAUGUCAGAUAUUUCACUCUUCAGUCUAAACACUUCAAAUAUUGCAAGUUAACAUUUGGUCAGCUAGCUAAAGAAAAGGUUCCACCCAGCAGUUACUGGGUGUAAAUAAUACUAACAACUAAUCUGUAUGUAGGAACUACUUUGCGUGGUAGCAUUGAACUUUGGAAAAGUUGGUGCACCAGGUGCAGUACAGACAAAGAUCAGAGAUGAGAAAAAUCAUUUGUGUAGCAGAAACGUGACCUGAACCCCAGGUUGGAAAGCACUGGUGUAGAUGUUUAAUGAGUCCAGAGUAAUCAAACCAAGUACACAUAGCACCUUUUUUAGAUGAAGAUUUCUAGUUGAAAAAAGGAUUCGUUAGAAGAAAGGGAAAAGCAUUGAGAGGUCCAGAAUCAAACACAAACACACACACUAACGUUUCAUUCACCAGAUUAAAUAUGUACUCAGUAACAGGUGAUAACUAGAUGUGCAAUAGAAUCCCCCAAAUGGCAGCUGCUGCAGUGCCAUUCAGUCACAUUAAUGUUAGGACUUACUGUAGAUACUGUAAACAAGCAUUUAGCCAGUGAAGGAAGACUGUUAACAGACCGUUACAGAACACGUCAGCACACAUCACACAUUGCUAAGAUGCUUCAAAUCAGCCCGUUAGAUUCUGCAGAAACACAUCAUUUCCUACAGUCUGGGAUGUGCUGCUGCUGUCUACAGGUUUGAUCUGUUUGAGCCAAACUGAAAUUACAGGUGUCAAAACUCCCACACACAUAGGUCCGACCAAAAUAGGUUGUCUCCGUCCGUACCAAAUUAAAUCAUGGUUCUGUUGGUUUCAUGCUUAAAAAACUUUUUUUUGGAUGGUUGGAACUUGUAGACCAGUUCAACAAAGUUCUGGCAAUUGUCCCACGACGAGGAUGUUCAUUUGGCCAAACUAGUCUCAAGUAAUAAAGUCGUGCUAGGCCAGUGUAUUAGCAAGAAUCUGGUAAUGUGAUACGAAUCACGAUACAGUGGUUACGAUUCAAUAUAUUGUGAUACUAUAAGCAAAGCAAUAUAUUGCAGUUGUUUUUAUUGUAAAAGUUGAGUUAAAAAUUGCAGCAAAUGCAAGUAGAACAGUGGAAUCAGCAUUUAUAUUUAUCACAGUCUCUGUGACAUCUAGCAUCAUAGCCCUCAGUUUGUUUCCAACACUGCUAUCUAGCAUUCAGAGGUUCAAACACAAAAUUCUCUUUUUGAGAAUCAAUACAAUAUAUUAAAAUAUAUAUAAUAUAAUAUUGCAAUACGAUAUUUUUUUUAAUAUUAUCUUACACCCCUAGUUGGUGCUGCUGGUAGUAAUGCCAUAAUAAUAAUCUAGCAGCAGUGAAAUUAAUCUGUUCAUUUUUCUCCACUCAUUCAAUGCUGACAUCACGCGUCUGUCUACAAACCAAUCAGUUGCAAGCAGAGCCGCAGCUCACGCAGAUUAUGGACUGUAAAUCAUGUAUAGUUCUUUAGUGCAUUUGCACAAACCAAAGCUAACCAGAUAAAAUGUAUACAAUAUAACAAAAACGUAAAUUGUGGUUUGGACUUUGAGGUGUGAAAAGACCCUUAGACCCUCACUCUGCUCGAUCUACAGUUCAGUAUCCUUUGUUGUAUUUUUUAGUUGAUUGUUACCGACACUGAAAAGCUCUCAGAGUCUUAAAUGUAACUUGACUUGAAAAGGCUUUUGCUAUUUCUUUAGACAUUCUGAGGCUUCAUAGACUGACUGAAGCUGAAUGUAAGCCUUCACAGCAGGAUGAAUGAGUUCUAUAUAUUAUUUCUAUUCAUGGUUAAACACAGUAGAGCUUGUUUUGUACAUCAGGUACAGUCAGCAUCUCAUUGAUGUGACUGCUACAUGUGUGUAAGAUAAAUGGGUUAAUAUGGUUCUUAAUGUUAUGGCUUUAAAUAUAUUGUAUGUGUUCAUUACUCUCACUACAUACAUCCCACUCACUACACUGCAGCACUGUUUCUUUCUUUCAGUUCUUUACUUCUCUUCCCUCAUGCCUGUUGACCACAGGAUCUUUGUUAGUGAAUGAUCCCAUACCACAGUCAAACAGUAAGCCUGACAGUGAGUGAGUGUUUCAUUUAAAUGUGUUUUUUUUUUUUUUUUUAAUGCAAACCAGUGACCUGUCUGCCAUUUUCUCCAGUGAUGCCAUUGUGACAUCUCACUCUGUUUGCCAUUGAAGGGAUUUUUUUUAUUUGUGGAAAAAACGUUUUUUUGAUUCAUUGCAAUAACUGUUGUUGUAAUCCCAUUGUACAACAGUGUUUAGGGACAGAGUUGGAGAAUAAAGCCACAAUAUCUGGAGAAAAAAGUAUAUGAUAUGAAAGUAAAAAUAAAAAAUUAAAGUCAUAAUAUUUUAGGAUGAAGUCAUACUUUUGCUUGCAAGAGGUUUGUGUUUGGUCCUUUUCCUGUGAGCGUAUACAGAUCAAGACAUUUCACCUCUGUCCCACAAAAUCAAAACUUCGCUAAGUGUGGCUUUUAUUCUACAUUAUGACUUUAUUUAAUAUUGUGAUAUUUUCUAGUAAAAUUUGUGCUUUAUUCUGGUAAUUUUAUUUAACCCUUCCUAAGUCCCGCCCCUUUUCGCUCUGUGCUCUGUGUAACAGUCGAGCAAGCCUCGGUCAGAACUUCAGUCUAUCUUUGAACCUUCUUCAAAAUGUGGUUGUCUCUUCAACACAGAGAGCCUAGCACAUAGCAUAUCUCAGUACAGGAAAGGAGAAAGUUGACUGCGGUUCCAGAAGGGGCAGGACUUAGGAAGGGUCUUCAUUUUCGUAAUAUUAAGACUCGUUCUCACAAAAUUUUUACUUCUUGUGAUAUUAUUAAAUAAUUUCAUAACAUUUCAAUUUUAUUUCUGGUCAUUUUGUGACUUUUUCUCAUAAAAAAAUUUGAGACCCUAUUCUCAUAACAUGACAACGUUUUUCUCAAAAUAUUGCAACUUUAUUCUGGAAAUUUCAGAUUGUUUGUUUUUAUUGUGUUGUUUUUCUAAAAGUGACCCUGACAGUAGGUCGCAGGGUCUUUAUUUUACUAUUUAGUAAAAACAUAAAGCUGUUGCUUAGAGUAUAGAAGCAUUCAACUUUCUGACGUCAAAAGCUGCUCUGGAGGUGUAAGACCAACUCGCAACAGGAAGUUUCUUUGAGUUUUUUGUUUUGUUUUUUAAUUACUACUACUUGUUAAUUUUCCAUAGACUUUUUUGCUUCUUUGCUGCCCACAGUUCUGCAUCUUGUUUGUUUGUUUUUGUUUAAUUUGUGUUUCUCACAUUCUUGAAAAUUUCAAAAAUGACUAAGAGGAUGUUUGUUGCAAUAUAAUAUUUUUGUUUUGAUACCAUUAAGGCAGAGGAAAACACUUGUAGAUGCACUUAGUAGUGAGUAUUUAUUUUUUAUUAUUUAUUAUUGUAUUUUUCUCCAAGGCUGUAUUAUGUCAUGACAGCCCUGCUCUGAGUCUCCAACAGUUUGUACUUUAUUAUUAUGGUUAUUAUUAGCUGACACCUGUCUUUAGGAGGCUUUAUAUGGUUCUGUUUAAAUAAAGGUUUAAUAGAAGAACUUCAUAAUUAGAGAAACCACCUUCUUUCCCUCUCUUCCUCUCUGCUCCCUCAACCAACAUUUACACUGUAGGGAGCACCAAUUUGUAGAUUUUUUUUUUUCUUUCAUUCACUCUACUAUCCAAGAGUUUGUUGUCAUUGGAAAGGAUGUUACAGGAUAAAAACAACGAUAAAUAAAAACAGUUCAGGAUUCAA